AGCCCCCCCUACCCUCUCACCGGCAGUUUCAUGUGAUCAGUUAAUUGUUUAACUUUCUUUGUGUCUCUCAUCCCGUCCUUAUUUUUCAUAUUUGGAUCCGAACGCACCCAACUAUAUAAAUCUCCUUCUCUCUAAACCGGCGCACAAAAAGAUUGCUUCUGGGGAAGCCCUUUUUUUCUCUCUCUCUUUCUCAUCUUCGUUGAACAGGAGGGAAGGCCAUGUGAGUUGUUUGAACUAGACGGAUUCUUUUUGGUAUUAUUGGGUUUUGAAUCAGGUAAAUUUGGGUAGUUGUCGUGAAAUGGGUAAAUGCAAAGGUUGUGGGAAAUUGGGAAGAAUGGCCAGGGACAAGAAUGUGAGCUCAUAUCACAUCUCUCUACUUCAGUCUCCUGUUGUUUCUGUUUGGGAUUGUAUCGUUCGCAAGAUGAGGUAUUCCUUCAGACCUGAGUGGGUGUAGGCAUACGGGCUAGUUUUUUUUUUCUUUUUUUUUUUUUUUUUAAAUAUAAUAUAUCGGUUUACAGUAUCAGACCUUUUUUUUCUUCAUAAACAUUAAAUAACAGGUUAUAGGAGGAAGUUAGUUACAGUGAUGAUGUAUUCGUCUUAGGAUUUUAGCAGGAAAGAGAGUUAUAUUAAACUUAGGAGUUAAGAAAGUAGUUGGUGCCGGAUAAGAUGGAUUGCGGCAAAGCCCCAAUUGAUGUUAGGAAAGUGAAGAAGAAGCAAGUAAAGGACGAGUUGGACCGCAUCAAACAGGCUGAGAAGAAAAAGAGACGCUUAGAGAAGGCUUUGGCUACAUCUGCAGCGAUCCGUCUCGAACUAGAAAAGAAGAAACAGAAGAAAAAGGAAGAACAACAACGGCUGGAUGAAGAGGGCGCUGCGAUUGCCGAAGCUGUCGCUUUGCAUGUCCUAAUUGGCGAGGAUUCGGAGGAUUCGAACGAGGUGAUGCAGAAGAAGGACAUGGGGGGGCUGGACCUAUGGGAUCAUAGUAGGAAUUUCGACAUCAUCGUGGGUGGAACGGGAGCAGUAUUUCCUCAACGAGAUCUCUCGAAAUGUUCAUUUGAAGGAUCAAUGUGGAUCUCCGGUGACCAGAGGUAUGGAUGCACGUGGAACGAUUUUGGCAACACCGAGUGCAUGGUCUCGCCUGAACAAGUUCUCCACCCGCAAUUUUUGGACAAGGGAAACUGGGACAUCACGCCGCUUUCUCCCAGUUCAUUUGCCGAGGCUAUUUCAUCGCUUCAGAUUGCUGAGGAUGCACCUGCACACACAUACAUUUUCAAUCGGAUGUUAAGAGAGAGUAACUAGACGGCCAAGGUACCGUCUAGUCAGCUGAUUCUUUCCUAUCUAAUGCUUUUUAUUUUAUUUUGUCAAUGAAAAAAAAAAAUAUUGUGGUUUUGAAUAAUGCUGUGUAAAUAUUACGAGCAAAAACAUACUGAUCUCAUUUGCGAGUCGUUAUGUUUGUACUAUGUAUUAUGCAAGACAACUGCUCUGAAAUCACUUGUUGGCUGUGUUUAGCUUUCCCUUUUACUUUCCUUAAUGAGAAGAAUGUUGAUGCUCUUUUUCAAUUCA